AGUCAUAAAAAGCUUCGUUCCGCUGUCAAUGGCAGAGUCUCGAGCUGAAUUUCUGUCUCGGGGUUCACAAAAAUUACAUCGAAUUGCAUGAUUCUCAAUAAUCCUAGUGUUGUUAUUAUUAUUUUUUUCAGAGCUUUUUAUGCUUUUGAUUUUGGCGUCUCACAAGGGACCUUGUUUUUGCUUUGUACCGAAAACGCUAUCCCUCUUUUGCUUGUGGAACUAUAGAAAGAAAGCGUGACGGGUCUGUUAUGUUCUGUUCUUUGUGAGUGGGUCCGUUCUUUCUCGCUCAAGCGUUGCUUUCUGCUUCAGGCUAUCGUGGGGGACUCAGGGAUUUUGCAGGGUGUUACAUGUCUUUUGCGCAUGACAUUAUUGUACGGAGUUUCCACAAGUGAUUUAGUUGUUUGGGGGUCCUGAGGUUUGGAAAUGGGUGCAAUUUGGGGUAAAAAAAUAUUAGGUUUGAGUUUUGGAAGAACGAGAGAUGGGUUUCAGUAGAUUUCUUUUGAUAAUGUAGGCAAAAAGAAGAGUCUUCUGGUUUGGAUGAUUUUUGGUUUCUGUGAGAUUUCUGGAGCUUUAUCACAAAUCUAGUUUUUAUCAAGGAAGGUAAUAAUUUCUCGUGCUAGUAAUUAAUUCCGAAAUGAAUGAUUCUUCUGGAAAGACGUCUUCGUGUUUGGCAAUCACUGAGAAGAAGAAGAAGCAAAGACCCGGAGGUUGCAUUGGCCUUUUCUUUCAGCUCUUUGAUUGGAAUGGAAAGCUCGCGAAGAAGAAGCUCUUUUCUAAGAAACUUCUGCCUCCUGCUCGUGCAAAACAAGCUUCUAAAAAGUUUAAAGGAGAUGAAAGAAUGCCAAAUUCCAAGCUCCACUUGAUUGCUAAUGAAAACAGAGGAGGCUUCCCAAGUGCCAAGAAAGGUGGGAAUCGUAGAUUAGAAUUAGAACCAAAGGACGAUAUGCGAGUCCCCGGUCUGGUGGCUAGGCUGAUGGGUCUGGAAUCUAUUCCAGCUGAUCAGCGAGACAAACCUGAGAAAGCUUCUUUUUCUGGUACUUGUAGUGAUGGGAAGGAUGAAUCUCUGGGUAAUUAUUGCGAGUCAGAAGGGCAAGCUGGUAAUUUGGAAACGAGAAUUGUGAGACAUGAUUCAAGACCUCAAAAGGUUCAGAAAACGGGGACAUAUGAGAGAAAGGCAAUGGCUAAGUUUGGAGCCGAAGCCCUGCAAAUUAAGAGUGUUUUCUCACGAGCAAGAAAGCACAAUAAUAGUUAUCAUCACCACCCAAAGCUUGCUUCUCAGUUGAAGGGUCCUAAAAUUAAUUCUGGAAAGAAUGUGUCUCGAAGCUCAAGGUUAAUAGGAGCAGCAACUAAGAUUUUGGAACCUGGGCUGCAAGCUACAAGCAGAGCAAAAUGCUCUCUUACAUAUUCAAGUUCCGCAUAUGCUUCUAAGAAUGAUAUGAUGACAGAUAGGGUAGGGAUUAAGUCAGCAAAUCCACAAAGUCAAUCUGGGUAUGAUGCAAAUGCAUUCAAGCCUUUGACGGGAUUAAUGGGGAAGGCUUCUUGCAAAAAUUGUGGUAAUUUGCUUGAUGUAAUUGACUGCAAUCUUGAUGCUGAGGAGCAUCCAACUGUUCCUCCGCCUACCUUUUCGGAAGUGAUCAAUACCUCCUCUUUGGCAGAACAGAGUAAGGUUAGAUCACUUAUGCCCCCUCAUGAACAAGAAAGUGAUGUGGUUCUUUUAAGACCUCAACGACAUAUUGCAUUGAAUAUUGCAGAAGAUGGAAGAGGUAACACACAGCUUGGUCAUGAACUCUCUGCCAGAAAAAUGCCUCUGCUCCAUGAAGGUCCUGCACCAUGGAAUUCAUUGCACCAACCGUGCAGGACCAUAGAGCAUGAUGCAUCUUCUGUUUCCUUCAGGCACAAAACUCAACUACAAGAACAGAUUUUAAGCAGUGAAAGAACUUCACCUGGAUCUAAGGUAAGUAAGACCAAAGACUUUGUUGCUUUGAACAGAAACCUAAGUGGUCAAAGCAAAUUGAGAUCUCCUACCAAAAUGGAAGCUUCAAAGUUUGACCUAGAGAGGAAGCCUUGUAAUAGACAGGUUGAUUCCUUGCCUCGUGUGAGGACAAUGGAACGAAAAAGAAGGAUCCCUGGUAUUGCUCAAGUUGAAAGUACAGCUUCUGUUAAUUCAGCUACCAUGAAGCAGAGAAAUGCUCGAUGUGAUGCAGUGGGUGGAAAAUGGAGGGACAUCAGUGCUUCUUCCUUUGACAGUACUAAUGUUAUACCGAAACAAGUUACUCAGGGAAAAUCAUACAAGUCUACUGACAAGGUCAAUGAUGUAGUUUCAUUUGCAUUUAAUUCCCAAUUGAAGCACAAGACUGGUAUUACCGCCAAAAAGGAAGAGACAAGGAACAAGAAUGAGAUAAAUACAUAUUCCCAGCAAGCUUUACAUUUGAGAGGAGAUGUUUUAGCUGCUUUUCUAGAAGAGAAAUUGAGGGAAUUGACCUCUCAAGAUGAGAGGUUGCCUAUUGGCGGUCCACCAAAAAAAUCACCUGCCAUGAUUCUUCAGGAGCUGAUAUCUGCUCUAAGUGCAGAGCAGCUGACCUGUCAUUAUGGUCAUAUCGUCAAUGUAAACAAGGGCUUCCAUGAUGGGGCAGAAAAGAAAAGUUUAGUGGGAGCCUCUUGCAAUGUUAAUCAUCUUAGUCCUGGAUCUGUUUUGGAAGCUUCUUUUUCUUCCAGUAGUCUGGAUGAAAGCUCAGGGCAUGAUCUUCACACAGAGUCUAUGAACUACUCAUAUGAUCAGUUGGAAUAUGAUUCUCAGCUUUUAGAUUCUGUAACAUUAUUGAACAAAGGGAAGAUAGGUAGUGAGCAACUGUCUGUGAUUGUUAAUCACAUUUCUAUGAUAUUUCGAAGUCUAAGCUCAUUGGGGACAACACUGACAAGAAGUAAGCUUGAACAUGUGAAAGAUGUUAUCAUGGAUGCUGAGUUGUUGCUUGGAAGUACCAUUACCAUACACAGCGGAGAUGGUGUGCCGCAUCUUUUUGUUCCUCGCUUUCUCCUUGAUAAACUGGAUACCAUGUCUGACGAUGAUGCUCUGUGGAUUGAUUUUAACGGCUCUGCAGGCCACGGGGAUUCUAAAGAGAGAAGCCGAUUCAAGGAAUUUCUCUUUGACAGUGUUAUAGAAUAUCUUGAAUCAAUUUGUUGCACAUAUUGUAAAUGUGGCUUCAGGACAUGGACCAAACUGCCUUUAUCCAUUAAUGCUGGGAUGUUGGUUCAAGAGGUUAAGAGGUCAAUUAAGAAGUGGGGCUGCAUGGUUGUGAUGAUACCAGAUGAAAUAAUAGAAUGGGAGAUGAGCCACUCCAGAGGGAAAUGGACUGAUUUUGAUGUUGAAGCAUUCGAGGCUGGUGUCGAAAUUGACGGGGAGAUACUUCAAAAUUUAGUUGAUGAAAUUGUUGAAGACCUUGUAGAUUUUGGAGGGCAGUCAUUUGAAUGUAUACCUAGAUGUUGCUACUAGAAUUAUCCAUGUUUUUUUGUCUUUGUAUAAAUGGAAAAAUGGUGUUUGUAACAGGGCCCAUGUCGAACAAGGAUGCAUUCUUGGAUCUGAUCUUGCCCAAAAUAACCAUAUAUAUAUAUAUAUAUAAAAUAAGUCAUCUGAAAUUGUUGUCUUAACCAUAUUUUAAUUCAUAUCAGCAUUAUAUUUUCAAAUAUCAA